CAUUUUAAACAUCAACAACUACCUUAAAAAUGUUCAUCAAGUUGCAAAUUGUCCUUAAUCACCCCGUUAUACCGGUAUAUUUUUAAGAGAUUUUAUGCCCUGGUAUACUAUGGCAUAGAUAAUACACAUAAUUUUCUAUGAUGAUAACGAUUAAUGAAUGAAUUUAUCAAAAACUAAAUUAACACGGAUUUCUGUUCUCAUAUUGAAAUUAUAAAUUAAUUUAAAGGUAUGGUUAAUUGGAUGGAUGCAUUGAUGAUUAAUACGGUAACGGAGGGAACUAUGAGUUUAUUACGAACCAUAGGAAUCUUUAAAUCUAGCUCAGUGGACAAACCACCAACAACCAUAAUGAUAAGAGCUCCAUUGUGGCAACUUGCUCAAGAGGCCGGUCCUUUUGUUAGGCUGGCAGGACUAAGUGGUGCUGCUGCUGUAAUCCUUGGUGCUAUGGGAGCACAUCGAACUUUCCCUGAGACUGAGGCUAAAGACGACUUGAAGAAAAUAUUUGAAACUGCCAAUAGAUUCCAUUUUCUACAUACCCUCGCUUUAGUAACCGUUCCUCUGUGUAGAAGACCGUAUAUAGCUGGUGCAUUUUUUAUUGCUGGUAUGGGAAUGUUCUGUGGAACUUGUUACUACCAUGCUUUCACUGGUGAUAGAAAAUUGCGUCAAGUGACACCUCUCGGUGGGACCUGCUUAAUCUUAGGAUGGAUUGCAAUGGUGUUUUGAAUUAUUUUUCUGCUAGAUAAUUAAGAAAAUAGUCUUAAAUCAGAAGCUAUUUAUUCUUUUAAAGUAGAAAUUAGUUAUGGUGGAUAGGUUCAUAUAAAAAAUGUAGUAUGAAAUAUAUUGUGAUAUUUUAAGUUUUAAUUUGAUUCAUAUCAGACUUUGAUUAUAUUUUUAUUGCUUGAAUUAUAAUGUAGUUAAGAUUAAUACCUGCAUAUUCAUUUGUUCUUCAUUUUCAAUGCAUUGUAAUGCAGAAUAGAAGGAAAGAAUAUUUUAAUAAUAUUCAGUUUUUAAUAAAACAAAAAUAUAUAUUAAUAUGUGAUGGUU